AUGACGCGUUUUCUGGUUGUUCGUGGUCAAGAAAUGAAUGCUGGGCGACGGUAUUACUGCUGUAUGUUAUGGCAGAUAGGAAAGUAUUGGGGCGUGCUGUUGGGAGUUAGGCAGACUAUGUGGUCGAGCCCGCAUUACUGGGUGCGACGCGAAGGGUUCCUGAAGUCCACGAAUGCUGCCUGCCAUGGCGCGCAGCUUAUUAGAUGAAUCUAUACUAACUGAACAUUACUAGCGGGUCCCUCGCCAAGGCACAACAAACGUCCACAGCCCCGACAGUUUGCGCCAGUUUUGAUUUUGCAUACUUAUAUGGCACCGCAAAAGUACUAAACAAGUGCCCAAUAUCAUAAAGCCUGCAUCCAGAUGGUCUUAGAGGCGCCAGCCCCGUCCACAAGCAGCGAACAUGGCAGGAUGCCCGGGGACGCCUCUGACACGGCCGCGAUUUACGGUGCGCUCCUGAAGUUGCUCAUCGUGGACCGGCAUAUCAGAGAUCUUCACCAUCGCGACAUGCUAUCGCAACAACAAGUUCAACUGCAGGCGCCGGCAGGACCCAUGGCCGAUGACGGUGGUAGCGGUGGACAAAUGCUGCCUGGUGCUGGAGGCUUUCGGCACGCAAAGCGCCCGCUGUCCGCAGCUACAAGCAGUCUCGCGCCUCCGCCCAACGGCGCGGCUUAAGUAGCUGCAGCGGUUCUGGGUAUCGUGGCUGCUGGCAAAAUAAUGCAGUACCGUAUGUUUGUGAUGUUGCGGCAAGAGGGGGGAAAUCUGAGUGUGCACGCACGCAGACCCCAUAAAAUGCUUCCGGGCUUAACUUGGUUCCACCAACCCUCAUGUUGCUACGAUACCAUAUGCCGAGAUCUUUGCAACAAACCAUGUAACAUCUACAUGCG